GACUACGGUUCCAUCAUGCGCUGGAAGGGGAAGGGGAAAAGUAUUACUGUGAGGAAUUCAUCGACGUCCACCUACAUCUAUCUUUCUCCAGACUCUGAACAUUGAAUCUACAAUUACCAACUCAAUCUCUACCGAAAUUGGAGUAACCGAGAUAGAUUCGAAAGCUUAUACUUUUACCGAUGAGUAACAGUAGAUCACAUCCGCACGUGCGCGACAGGUCUCAUAUACCACGUGUUUUGAAGAGAUGCAUCCCUUGAUGAGUUGCAUAUUACAAAACAGAAUGACGAUGUCGUACUUGCAGCGCUCACAAAUCAAGGUAAUACAUUGAGAAGUUCCAUUCAUGCAUGGGAAGCAUUCUGACAGUUUACGUUCAAUACCGCAGUAGCAAAGACUCCGCAGGUGAUGUCCUUCGAAAGCACAGGAGGAGAGAAAAAUCGACUUGGAUAUCACUUGGAUUUCGCGGCAUCAGUAUUGUCAAUCAGAGACAUGGAGAAAGUGAAGAUAUGUCCGAAGUGUGAUCAACUCUUGAAUCCCAAAGAAGACAAAGUGGAGCGCCGCCUACUCUACGCUUGCAGCCAUUGCAGCUAUCAGAUCCCGAUUGAGAAUAACAUCUUCUUCUUGAGCAAGUCCCGAACUACCGUCACUGGUGAGUCCCCAGCGGUCAAAAAGAACGCUGUUCUACCAUGCUCCAAAGGAGUUCAGUGUGUAAAAUGUAAGAAUUGGGAAGCGACCUUCUUCAAGUCUGUUGUCAGGGGUGAAGGAUGCAACGAAGCCCAUCUUGUUCUCUUUCUUGUUUGCUCGAGCGCUGAGUGCGGUCACCGGUGGGCGACAAAAUUUUAAUCUAGUAGCAGUUUGACGUGAUGGAGACUUUGUCACAUAUUUACGCCAUAGUCGUCGCGAUUUUACAAUCUGCGACUAUUUCAAAGACAGUUAUGCGGGCUCCAAUAUCUUGAUGGCAACACCGGAUCUGAUUCGUGAAGACCAAGAAGAAUAAUUUUCACGCUCACUUUACUCUAAACGAAUCAGCUGCCAGUUUGGCCAUCAACGCAAACCUUACAGUAACAAUAUAACGUUGUACUUUAUAUAACAUGUAAGUUUUAUACUACUCGAUUAUGGAGAUAAUAAUUACGUAG